UCAAGUCAAAUAACUCUCAAAAUGCUAAAAAAAUCUAACAUUGAAAUUUGUUUAUAAUUUUGUGCUUCCAUGAAACCCAAGGUGGCCAUGGCUGAUAACAAAGAUCUGUUUAUGGAGUUGCCCGAAUGUCUUCUCCAUAGCAUCAUCUCAGGUUUGCCAUUCAAGGAAGCAGCAAGAACUUCCAUAUUAUCUAAGCAUUGGCUUAGCCUUUGGCGUGCAACAAGGAACAUAGAGUUCGAAGAGAGUUUCUUUGUUAAACAUGGAGAAUCUGAUGCAACCAAUGCGAUGAAAAGAAGAGUUUUCAUUGAUUUUGUCCAACAAUGGAUUGCAAACUACUCUGAACCCUGCAUAGAUAAGUUUGCACUCGUAUUCUCCAAACCCAAACAAUUUGUUGCUGACAUGGAAAACUUUAUAGCAUUUGCCAUUGCAAAAAAUGUCAAAGUGCUUAGUCUUGAUUUUUCUGAUCCUGAAAACCAUACACCAUUGUUUGAUUUACCUUCCCAUGUUUAUGGACUUGGAGUUCUUGAAUCUUUGAAAUUGUUUUUAUGUAAAAUCCAUGCCUGCUUUCAAAAAUUUCAGUAUGCUUAAGGAUCUUUCUCUAGGUUGCAUUGAACUAGAA